AUGACAGCUGAAAUAUUUGCAGCAAAUGCUUUAUUUGAAAUUGAGAUCGAUAAAUCGUUUUCAAAACAAAAUAAUAUUAUUUAUGUUGAUAUAUCUCGUUUAAGUUACAUGCAAGAUGAAAAACAGAUAUUAUUCGAUUUAGGUACGUUAUUUCAUGUUACUAACGUGGCUUAUAAUGAUGAUCGUCGUUUAUGGUAUUUAUCAUUAAUAACUAUUGCUGAUGAUGACAAAGAUAUAAAGAAUAAACAAUAUAAUAAAAUUAUAAAAAUUUCCAAUGAGAAAAAUAUUGAUGAACAACUACCAUAUGUAUUUUUAUUGCUGUUGUGA